GGGGUUAUUAGACCGCGAUCGUAUGCCUUGCCUACUCAGAAGUAAGCCCCACUGAGUUCAGUGGGACUUACUUCGACGUUCUGUAGGCUUGUUGCAGCCUCAGCCGAGAGUCUGCUGCCUCCCCAGCUAACCUUCCGGAUCAAGAGAAGGGAGAAAGUUUGGAAUUGCACAAAGUGCUGCUAAAGAAGACACACACACACACACACCGAAAAAUAUAUAUCCCGAGGACCCUUUAUAGCGACGGAUUCCAGGAGCCACGGAGAACAGACUGGGAGAGGAAGCCGGAAAGCCACGAGGAGGUGACAUAUCGAGAUGGUCGACCACCUGGCUAAUACUGAGAUUAACAGUCAACGCAUUGCUGCCAUGGAACACUGCUUUGGGACAUCCGGCCAGCCCUUGGCCGUGCCGGGAAGGGUCCUCUUGGGCGAAGGGAUCUUGACCAAAGAAUGCCGCAAAAAAGCCAAGCCGCGCAUCUUCUUCCUUUUCAAUGACCUCCUCGUGUACGGCAGCAUUGUGAUCAACAAACGGAAGUACAGUUCCCAGCACAUCAUCCCCCUUGACGAAGUCACCUUGGAGACGUUGCCAGAUACCUUGCAAAUGAAGAACCGGUGGAUGAUCAAGACGGCCAAGAAGUCGUUUGUCGUUUCCGCGGCCUCCCAGACGGAGAGGAAAGAAUGGAUCAGCCACCUGGAAGAGUGCAUUCGCCACUUGCUGUCCAAGACAGGUCGGCAGCCCCCCACAGAACACGCCGCGCCCUGGAUCCCCGACAAAGCCACCGACAUCUGCAUGCGCUGCACGCAAACCAAGUUCUCUGCUCUCACACGGAGGCACCACUGUCGGAAAUGCGGCUUCGUGGUGUGCGGGGAAUGCUCGCGGCAGAGAUUCCUCAUGCCCCGGCUGUCCCUGAAGCCUUUGAGAGUUUGCAAUCUUUGCUACAAACAGCUGAUGGCAGAAGAAAAAAAGGAAAUGGAAGACCAGGUGAAGCCCUUGCCUUCUCCGCUGUCUCACUACGAUCCUUCCAGUGGGGAUGACAGCGACCGAUCCGAUGAGGACAAGGUGGAACAGUGGCCCGUGGAAGCAGAGUUUUACACGGCAGACGUGGCUUGGUCAUCUUUCCAUAGGUGACCUCUGCACAAUCUGGUUCAUUUUAGGGGUUGUAUCCUAAGGAAUACAGAGAGCAAACACUUGCCUCAAUGCACUUUUCAGAGGAGUAGCUUUAAAGGUGUUCAGUUCCAUGCAAUUUUCCCAUUCUGUGAAUAAGGGACAAGAGGUGACCUCUGACGAAAUGCAUCAGGGCCUGCUUGGCUCCUCUGAAGAAGCGAGUCGUUUUUUAAAAAAGUUUGUGGCAGAGCUGAAUUGAAUCCCAAACAAGACAGCUCCUGAGCAUUCCUGAACACGUUGCACCUUUUCAUUCAGCCUUUCCCAGCCUGGUGUCCUCCAUGGGUUUUGGACCAUAAUUCCCAUUAUCUCUGACUGUUGGCCGUGCUGGCUGGGGAAGAUGGAAUUAUGGUCCAAAACAUCAAGCGCAAGACAAUCUCGUUUUCCAUUCUGGAAAUGUUGAGUUUCAGCUUGGGAAUUUUGCAGGGCUGCGCAUUAGAACACCCUCAGACUGUGUCUGCUGGAGAAAUCUGCCUGUUUUAGAACUGGAGGUCAAGUUCUGGAUUCAGAAAUCAAAGUUAUGAAGUCCAAGGGUGGGUCAACUUCACAGUGGUAGAUGGAGGGCCUUUGAUGAAGUACUCUAUGGAAGUUAAUCAGGGGUUUGUAAUAGCAGUAUAUUUCAAGGAUCAGACCAUUUAUACUAGAUUUUUAACACAGGUUGUUUGGAUCAGCUUGGUGCUGAAGUGGACAGGGGAAGCCAGAAGUUGGAUGUAGUGUUAGAGAUUAAUAUUAAAUGGACAGUUUUGGAGAUGGGUGUUUGGAAACAAAGGCUUGCAAAUCAACUUAAGGCACAAUCCUAUGCAUGUUUAGAUGGUGGUGGGGAGUCCUACAUUUCCCAUCAUUCCCCAGCCAGCAUGGGAGUUGUAGGACUUUUUCUGUCUAAACAUGCAUAGGAUUCCACCCUUUAUGUUAAACAAUUGAAUUCCUAACUGUGGUAUUAUGAGUGCUACCCUGUUUCUUAAAAUUUUGGCUAUGCUUCCUAAUUUUCGUGUCUUCUGGUUUUAUUUUGUUAAUAUUCAGAAUAAUAAAACGACUAGCCCAGGCUGUGACUCAUCACUGCAACUUCCCCAACCUGGUGCCCUCCAGUAGUUUUGGACUCCAACUCCCAUCAGCCCAAACAAGCAUGGUCAGUGGUAAGGAAUGCUGGGAAUUGUAGUCCAAAACAUCUGGAGGACGCCAGGUUUG